UCAUAGCGUGUUUCGUAUCUUAGGUACUAGCAAUGAUUAGUCGUUGUCUUCACACACUGAGCGUGUUUCGUAUCUUAGCUUCUAACAAUCACACACUCCUCGCUGCUGCUCUCCUCACUACAACCCGUUCAACUCCUCACCAGCAUAAUCACGCACGCUUUCUCCCAUCUCGAUACGGCUUCCUGCACCAAACAAGUGGUUUAGAGUGCGGGGAGGAUGACUUGAAGAUACACAGUUGGGGAAGGGCGUAUGGGCUAUAGGUGGAUUUGAUGAAUGAUGUUUUUGUGGUACUUCUUCUCGAGUUGUUAUUUACCCGAGUGGAACUAUCAUUUAUUCACAGGAUAUCACUUCAUUUGACGCCAUGCCAAUGCACAAUCCGCUCUGCUACUCCAAAAUUUCAUCUGCUAACCUCGAGAAACUCUGCAUCUUCGGAGCAAGAAGGAGUCGAGGCUGGAUGAGGGAACUUGCUGGAGGAAACUAACGUUCCUGAAACAAAUCUAGGGCACGACACUAGCCGCAGGUGGAUGAUAUCACGUUGUCCAUUGUUACAGUUGAAAUUCGACAUCAUUGAACGCAUGCAAG